GUCACUUCGGCACCGCCGGCGGCCGGUGGAGGGCGGGGGGCGGCCAGGGGCUGGGGCCGACCCGGGAGGCCCGGUGCCGAGGAUGGGGUCCGCCAGGCCACCCCGCGCCUGAGGAGGCCGAGGGGCGCGCCAGCCCUGCCCCAUUCCGGGACGGCCGCCCCCAGGGCCCCGCUGCUCACCGCCCCCGCCCGAGCCGGCGGUGGUGGCCCGGGAUGCGGAGCCGGGGACCGCCGGUGGAGCUGCGCGGGGUGAGAGGCGCGGGGAAAGGGGGCGGCCUGCUGCCCUCCCCGUCGUCCCCGCCGGCGGGCCCCGGCAGACGGCGGGGGAGCUCGCGGCCAGGCCCUCUGGGCGCCCUGACGUCUCGGGGAGGAAGGUGAACCUGCCGUCCUGCCCCACCCCGCGCCGCCUGGACCAGAGCAUCCGAGGGGACGACCCUGCCCUAUUGACAGAGGCUGCUGCUCGCUCCUGCGGAAGGCCCCCCUCGAGCCAUGGCCCCCAGGAGCCCCGUACAGCCCGCAGAGACUGUCCCGCAUCCCGGCUGCCGGGGUCCGCCCUCUGCAUCCCGCGGGCAGCCUGUGUGAAGCGGCCUGCCCGCAGCCCCCGGGCCGUCCCCCCAUGGAGGAGGAGGAGGAAGGGGCGGCCGCCAAGGAAUGGGGCGCGACCCCCGCGGGGCCCGUCUGGACCGCGGUGUUUGACUACGAGGCGGUGGGUGACGAGGAGCUGACCCUGCGGAGGGGCGACCGCGUCCAGGUGCUUUCCCAGGACUGGGCCGUGUCCGGCGACGAGGGCUGGUGGACCGGGCGCCUCCCCAGCGGCCGCGUGGGGGUCUUCCCCAGCAACUACGUGGCCCCCGCCACCCCGGCUGCGCCCCCGGGCCUCCAGCUGCCCCAGGAGAUCCCCUUCCACGAACUGCAGCUGGAGGAGAUCAUCGGUGUGGGGGGCUUUGGCAAAGUCUAUCGAGGCCUGUGGCGAGGCGAGGAGGUGGCGGUCAAGGCUGCCAGGCUGGACCCUGAGCGGGACCCGGCAGUGACAGCGGAGCAGGUGCGCCAGGAGGCCAGGCUCUUCGGAGCCCUGCAGCACCCCAACAUCAUUGCCCUGAGGGGCGCCUGUCUCAGCCCCCCACACCUCUGCCUGGUGAUGGAGUAUGCCCGAGGAGGCGCCCUGAGCAGGGUGCUGGCGGGUCGCCGGGUGCCCCCUCACGUACUGGUCAACUGGGCUGUGCAGGUGGCCCGGGGCAUGAACUACCUACACAAUGACGCCCCUGUGCCCAUCAUCCACCGGGACCUCAAAUCCAUCAACAUCCUUAUCCUGGAGGCCAUUGAGAACCACAACCUCGCAGACACGGUGCUCAAGAUCACAGACUUUGGCCUCGCCCGCGAGUGGCACAAGACCACCAAGAUGAGCGCCGCAGGGACCUACGCUUGGAUGGCACCCGAGGUCAUCCGUCUCUCCCUCUUCUCCAAGAGCAGCGACGUCUGGAGCUUCGGGGUGCUGCUCUGGGAGCUGCUGACGGGUGAGGUCCCCUACCGUGAAAUCGACGCCUUGGCCGUGGCGUACGGCGUGGCCAUGAACAAGCUGACGCUGCCCAUCCCCUCCACGUGCCCUGAGCCCUUUGCCCGCCUACUGGAGGAGUGCUGGGACCCUGAACCCCAUGGGCGGCCGGAUUUUGGCAGCAUCCUGAGGCGGCUGGAGGCCAUCGAGCAGUCAGCCCUGCUCCAAAUGCCGCUAGAGUCCUUCCACUCGCUGCAGGAGGACUGGAAGCUGGAGAUCCAGCACAUGUUCGACGACCUGCGGACCAAGGAGAAGGAGCUCCGCAGCCGCGAGGAGGAGCUGCUGCGGGCUGCCCAGGAGCAGCGCUUCCAGGAGGAGCAGCUGCGGCGGCGGGAGCAGGAGCUGGCCGAGCGCGAGAUGGACAUCGUGGAGCGGGAGCUGCACCUGCUCAUGAACCAACUGAGCCAGGAAAAGCCCAGAGUCCGCAGACGCAAGGGCAACUUCAAGCGCAGCCGCCUGCUCAAGCUGCGGGAAGGCGCCAGCCACAUCAGCCUGCCCUCCGGCUUCGAGCAUAAGAUCACAGUGCAGGCAUCUCCCACCCUGGACAAACGGAAAGGAUCCGACGGGACCAGCCCCCCUGCCAGCCCCAGCAUCAUCCCCCGCCUGAGAGCCAUUCGCCUGACCCCUGUGGACUGCGGAGGCAGUAGCCCUGGUAGCAGUGGCAGCAGCGGGACGUGGAGCCGCAGUGGGCCCCCCAAGAAGGAAGAGCUGGUUGGGGGCAAGAAGAAGGGCCGCACGUGGGGGCCCAGCUCCACGCUGCAGAAGGAGCGCGUGGGAGGAGAGGAGAGGCUGAAGGCCCUGGGGGAAGGAAGCAAGCAGUGGUCAUCCAGCGCCCCCAAUCUGGGCAAGUCCCCCAGACACACACCCAUCGCCCCUGCCUUCGCCAGCCUCAACGAAAUGGAGGAAUUCGCAGAGGCGGACAGAGGCAGCAGCGUACCUCCCUCCCCCUACAGCACCCCAUCCUACCUCUCGGUGCCACUGCCCGCCGAGCCCUCCCCGGGGGCACGCACGCCAUGGGACCCCGUGCCGGCUGCUGCCCCCACCAGGGCCGGGCACAGUGCCCGGCGACGCUGCGACCUGGCGCUGCUGGGCUGCGCCACACUGUUGGGCGCUGUGGGCCUGGGCGCCGACGUGGCCGAGGCGCGUGCGGUGGAUGGCGAGGAGCAGCGGGGCUGGCUGGAUGGCCUCUUCUUCCCCCGCGCCAGCCGCUUCCCAAGGGGCCUCAGCCCACCCGGGCGCCUCCCGAGCCGCCGCGAUGACACGGCGCCCUGCCCGGGCCUGGCGCCCUCGGCCACCCUCGUGUCCUUGUCCUCCGUGUCUGAUUGCAACUCCACGCGCUCACUGUUGCGCUCCGACAGCGACGACACCGCCGCGCCAGCCGCACUGUCCCCGCCACCCUCCCCACCCACGCCCGCACCCACCACCAACCCCUUGGUGGACCUGGAGCUCGAGAGCUUCAAAAAGGACCCCCGCCAGUCACUCACACCCACACACGUCACAGCCGCGCGUGCGGUCAGCCGUGGGCACCGGCGGACACCGUCGGACGGGGCGCUGGGGCAGCGUGGGCCUCUGGAGCCCGCAGGCCAUGGCUCUGGCCCUCGAGAUACCUUGGACUUCCCCCGCCUGCCUGACCCCCAGAUCCUAUUCCCAGCCCGCCGCCGGCCCCCCGAGUUCCUUGGCCGCCCCACCACCCUGACCUUCGCCCCAAGACCCCGACCGGCUGCCAGCCGUCCCCGCCUGGACCCCUGGAAACUGGUCUCCUUCAGCCAGACGCUCAGCAUCUCACCCCCCAGCAGGCCAGCCACUCCUGAGAGCCCCAGGCCACCCGGCGUGCAACCCACGCUGCUGGACAUGGACAUGGAGGGCCAGAGCCAGGACAGCACCGUGCCCCUGUGUGGGACCCACAGCAACUGCUGAGGCCUGCCAGUCCUGCCCGCCUGGGCAGCCAUGAAUGUAGCGCCCCAGGCCCUGCCCCGGCCUGCCCCUCCCACGGGGCGGGGGAGGCCCUGGGCAGGACACUCACUCUAUUUAUUGGGGAAGGAGGGGAAGGGACAUUUAAUUUAUUCCUUUAUAUCCCAGGGGUGGAGCCCUGGGCCCCACCUUGCAGUGGGGGAGGGUGGGCAGGGAUACUCAGGGACAGGGCAUCAUGGGGGAUUGGCACAAAUGGCAGCAUUAAAGUAACCCCU